CCCACUACAAACUAGAAGUAAAAUGAAUAUAUAUUGGAAUAUAUUUUUUUUUUUAUUGAAACACUGAUUCACCGUUUCGAAGUUCUUUUUUUUUAAUUCGUUAGUUCGUUCAUGUGUGGACAAGUGAAUAAAAAAAUGAGUGUGUCGGAUACAGUGAAAUUAUUAAUGGAUGCUUGCGAACAAAUUCGACAUGAUCUUCAAAUUAUUAUCGAUCAAACGGAAAAACAAAAACUGGUUCUACGCCAUAUAAAAACAUUUGCUAAUACUGACGCUUAUGUAAAGGACUUCCCAAAAGGCUUGGAAUGGUUCAAUGUCUCGGAGAAUCUCUCCAUGAAGAAACACCUCCAUGGGAAAAUAAUUAUAUUAGACUUUUUUACUUACUGCUGUAUCAACUGUAUGCAUAUUCUGCCUGAUUUGGAAGCAUUAGAAAAGGAAUUCUCUAUAGAGUUAGGUUUAGUUGUGAUUGGUGUUCACAGUGCAAAAUUUUUUAACGAGCGUGAUUCAACAAAAAUAAGGUCAGCUGUGCAAAGGUAUAAUAUAAUGCACCCUGUUGUUAACGAUGCAACACUUUCAAUGUGGCAAGAUAUUGGAGUAAUUUGCUGGCCAACAAUGAUAAUGUUAGGUCCAAGAGGGCAACCGUUAGUAAUUAUACUAGGUGAAGGUCAUAGAGAAGAACUAUUUUUAUACACAAAAGUUGCACUUGAUUAUUUUACAUCAAUAAAUGAAAUAUCUGACCAUGCUCUUCCUAUAGCACCAGCUAUACAUUUGUUACCAGCUUCAACUGAUCUUUUACGAUUUCCUGGCAAAAUAGAAAUUUAUUCUUCUGAAAUGGGAGAAAAAUUAAUUAUAUCAGAUACUGGCAAUAAUAGAAUUUUAGUAACAGAUAUUUAUGGGAACAUAAAACAUGUUAUAGGUGGAUAUAAUCCAGGCUAUAUAGAUGGUAAUUUUAAAGAAGCCAAGUUUAACGCACCUCAGGGUACUUGCGUACUCAAUGAGAUGAUAUAUGUUGCUGAUAAUGAAAAUCAUGUUAUUCGAAAGAUUGAUUUGAAAAAACAAACUGUGACUACCGUGGCAGGCACAGGAAAACAAGGUCAUGAUUAUAAAGGAGGAAAAUUUGGUACAGAUCAAACACUUUCUUCUCCUUGGGAUGUGACAAUAUAUCAUUAUAAUAGUGGCAAAGCUGUUGUACCGAUUUUACUGAUUGCAAUUGCAGGCACACAUCAGAUUUGGGCACUCUUUUUAGAAGAUACUAUUUGGUGGAAAAAUAAAUUAUACAAAGCUGGUACAUGCGCUGCUAUUGUUGGAAACGGUCGAGAAGGAAAUCGUAAUAAUUCGUAUCCUCAUGCAGCAUCGUUGGCUCAACCAUCUGGUCUCGUAAUUGCUCAAGAGUAUAAUGCUGCAUUUUUUGCUGAUAGCGAAAGUAGUAGUAUCAGACAAGUUCACUUAGAAGAUGGGAAAGUUUCUACAUUAUGUGGUGCUAACAAGAAUCCACAGAACUUACAUGACUUUGGAGAUAUCGAUGGUACUCGUCAUAAUGCAAAACUUCAACAUCCUUUAGGAAUAACAUGGAAUUCUGUUCAACAAGAAAUUUAUAUAGCAGAUACUUAUAAUCACAAAAUUAAAAAAGUAGAUCUCGCAGGAAAUUGUAAAACAUUGUAUGGUGCUGGCAAGCCAAGUGAUACGUUCUCUUUUGAUGAACCAAGCGGACUUGUGAUAAAUAACAGUGGGGACACUUUAUAUGUAGCAGAUACGAACAAUCAUUCCAUUAAAAAGAUCGAUUUAAAAAGUAAAACCAUUUCGUCCAUUUCCUUCGUUCUCCCAAUCGAAGAUGAUGAUAAUGUUAAUGAAGAGUAUACUUUUGAUACACUUAUAAAUGCAAAUGGGGGAAAGCUUACAAUCACAUUCGAAAUUAUAUUUGAAGGUGAUUUGAAGCUGAAUUCUGAAGCACCUCAAAAAUGGUCACUCUUGUUACCAAAAGAUACUUGGAUGGCCAAAUCUCUGAGCGGCUCGCUUACAACACCAACGUCAAUUCAAAUUCCUGAUGGUUCUGAAUGUAAUAAUUUACGCUUUAUUUUGGAUAUUAUAACUUGUAAUAUCAAUGAAUGUAUACCAAAAAAGAUAUUGGUAAUAUUUAAAGUGCAGCAAAAUGUGGAUGGACCUCGUACUGUCAUCGAACAUAAAAAAAUCAUCAUAAAAAAAUAAUAAGAUAUAUCAAUUCAUUGAUGAAGGUUUUUUGCUGUUUAUGUAAAAAAUAUACCAGUGUUUUGUUGGUACAACACAAAUAUUUAGUUACGCGCGUAAUCUUUUAAUUGAACUAAUUUUUCAAUGGUUUUAUUACGACCAGAAUAAUAUUAUCAAAGAGUAACAUUAUUUAAUUUAAUAGAAAAUUCUUUAGCAUUCUAGAUUAGACAGUUUUCUAGAUUAAUAAUAAAUUAAUAUUCCUCUCCUCCUUCGCCCUCACCCUCAACCGAAUCCAAACCAACUUCUUCGUAAUCCUUUUCCAAUGCCGCUAGAUCUUCUCGUGCUUCUGAAAACUCACCUUCUUCCAUACCUUCUCCUACAUACCAAUGUACAAAAGCACGUUUCGAGUACAUAACGUCAAAUUUGUGAUUGAGUCUACUCCAUGCUUCGGCGAUGGCGGUCGUAUUAGCCAGCAUGCAAAUCGCGCGUUGAACUUUGGCGAGAUCGCCGCCAGGUACAACCGUAGGUGGUUGAUAAUUUAUACCGACCUAAAAAUGAUAAAUUGCGAUCCUAAUUAACGAGUAGCGAAUUAACGAAUAGAAUCAAAAUAAUAAAAUUGGUAAAAUUCAUGGAGCCUA